CUGUGAUCCCCCUGACGGACUCCGAGCACAAGCUGCUCCCUGUGCACUUUGCCGUGGAUCCUGGGAAGGAAUGGCAGUGGGGAAAAGAUGACAGUGACAACGUCAAGCUGGCCAGUGUGACGUUAUCGCUGGAAGCAAAGCUGCACUUGCUGCACAGCUACAUGAAUGUGAAGUGGAUCACGUUGCCUUGUGACAUGCAGGCACCUUUGGCUCAGCCAGAAUCCCCGACAGCUUCGGCGGGCGACGAUGCUCGUUCAGCCGCAGAGUCAGGAGAAUCAGACAAGGAGUCGGUCUGUAGCAGUUCAGCGAGUAACGGUGGCAGCAGGGGUUGCAAGGACAAAGAGAAACCAAAGAAAGACCGAGAAAAGGAGAAAGAAAAAGAGAAAAAACGAGCAGACUCAGUUGCUAAUAAGCUGGGCAGCUUCGGCAAGACUUUGGGGAGCAAGCUGAAAAAGAACAUGGGUGGCUUGAUGCACAGCAAAACUAUCAAGGGAGGUGUGAGCAACGGGCAGGGAGAUACCUUGGAGAAGAAGAAGAAAGGGUCCUUGAAGUCAAGGAAAGGCAGCAAAGAGGAAUCUUCCCAAGGAGACUUGUCAGCUCCUGUGGAGAAAACCUGCCCAGGUAAAGCAGCUCCCGAAAAGCCGACGGAUCCCUACAAAUACAGCAACGAUGUCCGGCUGAGCCUGAGCAUCCUCCGAGCUGCCAUGCAGGGAGAGCGCAAGUUCAUCUUCGCCGGCCACCUCAAAACCAGCAACCGGCACCAGUACCAGGAGGAGAUGAUCCAGCGGUACCUUCUGGAUGCUGAGGAACGCUUCUUGGCUGAGCAGAAACAAAAGGAGGCGGAGAAAAAGGCACUGGGAAGCACUGCCCCUGCCAAGAAGCCGGAACCGGAGAUGAACACCCACAAGGGCGAGGAAGUGAUGCUGAACCCCGCUUACCCCCAGCCUCCCCCUGCAUACGCCAUCCCUACCCCAGAUAUGACCAUCGGCCCUAAAAUAGCAGCUUUUCCCUCUGGUUAUUCGGGUGUUUUCACUUUUCCCAGACCCUCGGUGGUGAACAGCAUGGAAGGGUCUCAUCCCCCCGGCUAUCCAGACAGCCGGCGGCAGGUGGCCGGAGGUUCCUGCGGCAACCUUCCUCCCUACGCCACCUUACCCAGACACUGCACCCAGGUGCGACCCAAUCCCUACCAAACCAACCCUUCCCACCUGGGGAGAUUUUCCCCCACGGACAUGGACAUCCAUCCUACUUAUCCAUCAGAAAACGACAGCUCAACCUGCCUCCCCCCACACAGCAACGGCUACAGGGAAUACCUCGAGCAGGACGGCUCGCAGAGAGGAACGCCGGCGGACAGGAAUAAAAGCCGCGUUCUUUAUAACGUUCAGCAGACCAAAUGCAAACAACCGAACUGCAGUUUUUAUGGACAUCCAGAAACUGGGAAUUUUUGUUCCUGUUGUUACAAAGAAGAGAUGAAACGGAAAGAGCGAGAGGCUUUGGUGCAUAGGUUCUGA